AUGGCCCAACCAAAAGCAGACAUUGCUCUCAUUGGGCUGGCAGUGAUGGGGCAGAAUUUAAUUUUGAACAUGGAUUCUAAAGGAUUUGUUGUUUGUGCUUUCAACAGAACUGUUGAGAAGGUCGACCAAUUUCUACAAAAUGAAGCGAAGGGUACAAAAAUUAUCGGAGCCAAAAGUCUUGAAGAUAUGGUCUCCAAGUUAAAAAAGCCGAGGAAAGUCAUGUUGUUAGUGAAAGCUGGUUCAGCUGUUGAUGAAUUUGUGAAGAAAUUGGUACCGCUACUAGAAAAGGGAGAUAUAAUUAUUGAUGGUGGUAACUCUCAGUAUUUGGAUACACAGAGGUGGUGCGAGGAGCUCGCUCCCAGUGGAUUACACUACAUCGGAAUGGGUGUAAGUGGUGGUGAAGAUGGCGCUAGGUAUGGACCUUCACUCAUGCCCGGUGGUCAUUCAGCGGCCUGGCAACAUGUUAAACCAAUUUUCCAGGCUAUCAGUGCUAAAGUUAACGAUGAGCCUUGCUGUGACUGGGUUGGAGAGAAUGGUGCUGGUCACUUCGUUAAAAUGGUCCACAACGGCAUUGAGUACGGAGACAUGCAGCUUAUAUGCGAAGCCUAUCAUCUUAUGAAGGAUGUUCUCGGCAUGGAACAAGAUGAAAUGGCGCAAGCCUUCGAUGAAUGGAACAAGGGUGAAUUGGAUUCAUUCCUCAUUGAAAUUACUCGGGACAUAUUGAAGUUCAAGGAUUCUGAUGGUAAAUACCUGCUUCCAAAGAUCCGUGAUGCUGCAGGGCAAAAAGGCACCGGCAAAUGGACCGGCAUUAGCGCCUUGGAAUACGGUGUGCCCGUCACUCUAAUUGGGGAGGCUGUAUUCGCGAGAUGCCUGUCAGCUUUAAAAGAUGAACGCGUGACAGCCAGCAAAUCACUACCGGGUUCAUCGAUCAAGUUCAGCGGCGACAAGAAACAGUUUUUGGAGCAUUUGCGGAAAGCACUAUACGCUAGCAAAAUUAUAUCAUAUGCACAAGGCUUUAUGUUGCUGCGCGAAGCUGCUAAGGUACACAAAUGGAACUUGAACUACGGUAGUAUAGCCCUCAUGUGGCGCGGAGGCUGCAUUAUCAGAAGCGUCUUCCUCGGCAAUAUAAAGGACGCAUUCAAGAAGAACCCUCAGCUAUCAAAUCUGUUAUUGGACCCGUACUUCCGUGAUCGUAUCAGCGUGUCUCAACAGUCGUUACGACAAGUCGUGUCGGAGGCGGCCUUACUUGGAGUGCCCGCGCCCGCCUUCGGAGCCGCACUCGCCUUUUAUGACGGCUAUAGAUCUGAUAUGCUGCCAGCUAACUUGCUGCAGGCUCAAAGGGACUAUUUCGGUGCUCACACAUACGAACUGCUAUCAAAGCCUGGUAAUUUCGUUCACACCAAUUGGACCGGCCACGGAGGCAGUGUCUCUGCGUCAACUUACAAUAAAUAA